ACGGCAGGAAACCCUCGCGUCUGAGCUGGGGACUAUAAGAACUUCAGUGAGAACAAAUUUACAAGCUAUAAUGCGAGCCCAUAAGGAACUGCUCCCUAAUUGCAUCUUAUAUUAAAUAUUAUCGUGCAUAGAUCUGCAGUACGUGUGUGCAAGUUCAUUGUUUAAAAUAGCAUACCCUCCACUUCUGAAAACCUAUAUGACACUGUUGCACACAGAGCGUCUCAUAAAGACACUAACUGCAGUUCACUGUGCGUUAUAAACAAUAGCAGACUGCGUUUUUAUUGCGAUUUGCAGUUCCUUAAUCUCUUCCCUAUAGUUCUCAGCUGACUGUUAGUGUCUCAGGCCCCGUCCAAGCACCAGAUAAAAGGCUUUAUUAAUAACGAGAUAACGGGUCAUUAAAUUGUUAAAUACCACUAGAACUCCUCACUAUGAUUAAACAUAAUUUUUUUUUCAGAAGAAGAAUCCCCAAAUAAUUUGCAUAAGGGUACUGCCGGUCACGCGGCUAUGCUGCAAUAACUUGGGAGGAAAAAUAGCAAUUAGGUCCAAAGUUGAUGGUAAUUAGAUUUUGGGUUUGCUACUGUACUUCCGUGUCUUGUUAACGUAACUCUGACCUUUGGAAGAGCCGCAUAUUCUCAUUAAAUGGUUUGGAAAUUAACGUCUGCCUCUCCAUCCACUCUGUUACAACAGAACAGUUACUUCCCCUUAUCAAUCUUUUGGUGGCGUAUGUAUUUCAUCCGCUGUAAAGCGGCUGAUAUCCCGGUAAUGAACAUGGUGGAAUAUAUUAAUCCGCAUAUUCCCCCCUCUCUCUCUCUCUCUCUCUUACUCUCACUCACUCACUCUCUCUCUCUCUCUCUCUCUCUCUCUCUCUCUCUCUCUAUCCUUCUCUCAUUCCCCCUCUCUCUCACCAUUCCGUUUUCACGCGGCGCAGUGUCCGUACGGAGGAAGCAAAGCCAAUAGGACGUGGUUGGGCUAAUAAAUGCAAAUUAUUAUGGAAAGAGACGGCAAAAUAUGAAACAACUCAUUUGGGCGGAAGUAAAUGACCGAAAACUGUUUAUGAGUGAACCGCUUCACGAAGAUGUGAUACCGGGAUACCGUGUUUUCAGAUCAAUAACAUGAAGGCUUAAUUUUCUUAGAAACAAAAUCCUCGGCGUGUUUGUUUGUUUACCCAACACCAAGUUCUCUCCAUUCAGCAGUCAGAUCUAGUCCUUUCCAGAUGAGCUCAUACUUUGUGAAUUCGCUGUUUUCCAAGUAUAAAAGCGGGGACACCCUCCGUCCCAAUUAUUAUGACUGUGGGUUCAGCCAGGACCUGGGUACCAGAGCCACCGUGGUUUAUGGACCCGGCAGCGGGGGAAGUUUCCAACAUCCCAGUCAGAUUCAGGAUUUCUACCACCACGGCGCGGCCACCCUCUCCACCUCUGCGUAUCAGCAGAACCCGUGUGCGGUGACGUGUCACGGGGAUCCCGGCAGCUUCUACGGUUACGAUGCCUUGCAGAGGCAGCCGAUCUUCGCCGCCCAGCAAGAGGCCGAACUGGUCCAGUACCCCGACUGCAAGUCGGCGGCGAACAGCCUGGGAGAAGAGGCGGAGAACUCCGAGCAGAGCUCCUCUCCGACGCAGCUAUUCCCUUGGAUGCGACCGCAAGCCGCAGGACGGCGCAGAGGGAGGCAAACCUACAGUCGCUACCAGACACUGGAACUUGAAAAAGAAUUUUUGUUUAAUCCGUAUCUGACCCGCAAACGCCGGAUCGAAGUGUCGCACGCUCUGGGACUGACCGAGAGGCAGGUCAAAAUUUGGUUCCAGAACAGGAGAAUGAAGUGGAAAAAGGAGAACAACAAAGACAAGUUCCCCAGCAGUAAGUCCGAGAUCGAGGAGAGCUCGAAGGAUAAGGAAGGGAAAGAAGACGAAGGAAAUGACUAACAUGACAAAGAGCGAAGUGCGGGCGUGAGAUGCGGGACAGGCGUUACUGAUUACUGUAUGGUACAAAAUAUUGUACGGAACUGUAGACUAAAAGGACCAUUUCAACUUUCUACCAGGCAUUUACAUUGUGUAACAUUCUAGUUAUUUAAGUGAGUUCUUGUAAAGUAUUUAAAGUGAAGCUCUUUGGGGGGCAUUGUGUUAGUCCGUGUGUUGAAAUACCAGAGUAGAUUAUUUAAACCGUGUGCACUAUAUACCAGCUAAUGGCUAUUAGCUUAAAUUUCCCGACAACAUGAAGCUGCCUACUUAAGCUUUAGCGAUUUAGAUUUGUGUUACUGUUUACGGCUUUGGUGUGUUUAUAUACAGAGAGAGAGAGAAUAAAGAUAUGUUUUCUUCGAACCGGAACGUGCAUCAGCAAAACCCGUUUUAAAAGACAGACAGAGAGAGAGAGAGGGGGGAACGAAACCCGGAGGAAAAAUAUUUCUUGGGGUUUACCUAUGAGAACUUCUACCCGUAAACGCGAAUUUCAUUUAUAA